AUGAGUUUUGAUGAAAAGUUCAAUGCCGAAUCACUAAUUAAGCAGGUUCAUAACUUUAUAAGCGGAAAUCAAGAACUAUCUGCAGCAGCCAAUCAAUAUCUAAUCGAUUUAUCAAAUAAUUAUAAAAUUCAAUUCACAAAUUUAUGUUCAACCAUCUUAAAUGAUAUAGAAGCAAACUCUCAAGACAUAAAUUUAUUCAUGGCAACUACUAUUAAAUCAUUUUUCACUGAAAAUUCAACUCGGACUAAUGCAGAAAUAGAAGAUGAAUGGUUUUCAGAUACGGCAUCACAGCUUAAUCUACGAGAUACAACCAAAAAUGCUUUAUUUUCUGCGCUUAUUUCUCAAGAUGAAGGAUUACGAAAUCUUUCUGCUUUUUCCCUCGCUUAUAUUUGUAAAUUAGAGACAACAAACUUUGGAUCACUCGAAACUAGAUUCAUAGAACUUCUUACUCCAACAGAUACCCCUGAAUAUUAUGUAAUUGGAAUCUAUAACUUGUUUUGUCAGCUAUUAGAGCAAUCAUUUCUUGAAAAUACUAUGGAAUUGGAUCCUCCACAGAUCAUUCCUUUCCUAAUUGAAAGAGGAUUUGAUAGUUUAACUGAUGAAAAACUUCAAAUUACAACAAAAAUGCAAAUAUUUCAAUAUCUCGAUCUUAUUACCGAGCAUUAUCCCCAAAUAUUAUACAACCAGCAGUUUAUUGACCACAUUUUAGAUUGUUCAUUUAAUAUAAUCCUAUUUAUAAUGAAUGAUAUUGAAGAAAAAGGGAAAGUUACUCAAAUUUUGCAUCUCAUAUACAAUAUAUUUACAAUUUACUAUCAUAAAGAUGUCAAUUCAUGGAGCAAAAUUUCAGAAUUUCUUUUGAUUUCAUUAAAUUGUACGGAAGAAGACCAUGAGCAUGAAAAUCAGAUUUACAAUGAAAAAAUAGUAAGAAUAGAAGAAACUUUAAGACAAAAGAAAGCAAAUUCUGAAGAAAUCACAAAAGAUGACAAAUGGCUCCUUGAUAGAGUCCAAUUAGAAAAUAUACAUGAACGAAAAAUACCUGUUCUAUUCUUUCUCCAAAACAUUAGUGAUUUUGAAUGGAAAAUACUGAAACAAAAUCCAGAAAAUUGUCACUUUUUUAUUCAAGAAAUUUGCGAAGAAUUAUUACCACGAAUUUUGCAUUUAAUGGUUCCUUUUGACUGUGACAAUGAAAACAUAGAAGAUAUUGAUGACCAAGAGCCAUCAUACUUUGCAACAAAUGCUCUAAAUUCUCUCGUGAAAUGCUGUAAAGUCCAAAUUUAUCCAAUUUUGGAAGAAAUCAUCAAAACGAAACAAAUUGACAACGUUUUGGUAUAUCUAAACAGCAUUUCUGCACUGACAUUCGGUCCUCUUAUGGAGAAUACUGAUAGAUGGCUUAUCGACAUGGCUGUCAACGGAGAAAUAAAAGAAAUGGCAAUGAAAGGAAACAAAAGAAUUCAAGAAACAAGUUUGUAUUCAAUUUGGAGAAUUCUGAAGACUCAGAAAAUUCAGAAUGAUGAUGAUUUCCUGUCAGUUUUCGAGAUAUUAAAAGCUCAUUGUGGAGAAGAAUAUUUGAUACGCGUUCGAUGCACAGAUAUAUUAAAAGAGAUACUCGAAAUUUUGAUGGAAUCAAAUAACGAACUUUUUGACAAUGUUUUUGAAGAAACAUACCAAAUUACUUGUGAUUUAGCAAUGACAGGCACUGAUGAAAGAUAUUAUUUAAUUGAACCUUUCAAGGUAUUGGCAAAUGUCAUAGUUAUGAUGAAUGAAACAGAAGAAAAUUGUACAAAAUUGUUGAAUUUCACUCAAAUUUGUGUGAAAAAAGUGACAGGAGAAGAUGAAACACAAAAACCAACUAUUUUUACGAAGACAUGUUAUGUUAUAUUGCUUGCAUCACUAUGUUCCAAGUUAAAGGACAUAUUAAGUGAUCAUGCAGAAGAGAUUUUCUCUUGUUUGAUGUCAUGUUUCACUGAAUAUGAUUUAGAAUUGUGGUCAGACACUGUUGCAGCAAUUUCUUUCUUGAUUGAUAAGAACAAAGUGAGCUCAAGUCAUUACAAUAGGCUUUUGGAAUGUUUUGAAGUUGUAAGAGAUAAUAAUGACAAUAAGUUGAAAAUUGUCAUGUUAAGAUUAAUUGGAAAAUAUAUUUCUUUGUCUAAUCCUUGUUUAUCUGAUGAUUGUUUAAUGUUUUUAGAGAAACUAGAAAAUAUCGUUCAGGCAGAGAAUUAUAGUCCUGAUGUAAUGAUUGGUGUCUUAUUCGCUUUACAACAAAUUUCGAAGUAUUUUUCAUUUCCAAAAGAUGAUGUACUGGAGAAAAUUAUACUAAUCAUCCAUAAAAUUGGUGAAUAUAUACCUGUAAAUGAUCCUGAAAAGUUUGAAACAGUUGGAACCCUAAUUUUGGCAAUAUUUAAUAUAUUAAUUGUCAAAUUAGCAAAACUUAAGCCAGAUUUUGCUAAAAAUAAUUACAAUGAUAUGGGAACAUUCAUUUUAUAUUUGUUUAAUAAUGGUAUUACAAGUAAUAACGUGAUGUUUGGCUGCGUAAACUUAUUAAGGGCAAUUGGAAGAUAUGUUGGUAGGAAAGCAAAUGUAUUCUUAAAUAAGAGAAGCUUCAUUCAGAUUCUUGACUUUGCAGACAAUUCAGAUGAUGCAAAUCUGAGGAAAUUGUCUGAGGAUACAAGGCACUUCAUAACUUCGCUUUAG